AGUGGUGUGUUUGUGUGUCUCACACUGUAUGCGAUUGCGAAAAAAACGAGAAGGAGAGGGGGUGAAGACGUGCGCGAGAGGGCGGGGGUGUGCAGGUGCAGUUUGCAUGUGUUUCAGUGUAAAUACAAAAUAGUGACACCAAGUUGUCAUGAAGUUUGGUGGCUAGUUUCGGCUUAAAAACGCAAAAGUCCAAACUUAAACAAAGCGAGAUGAGCGCACGACAAUGUUGUCAUUGACUUCGCCCGCGCUUACCGCCUGCAGCCGUGCGUGAUUGACUGCCAGCAAUCUGAUCCAGUGAAAGACAUUGACAACCAAUAGGAAACGGAGUGCGGCUUGUUUCCAUGGGAGGCCCCGGGAGGCGAUGCCAAGCCGCUAGAAAGCAACACAGUGAGCGGGGAGAGGUGCAGGCAGCAGCCGGGACUGUGGAGAUCCUGCAGCCGCUCUGUAGCUCUCAGCAAAUGAAAGCGGCGCGAAGUUGGUAGGGUGGCCGGACAGGAGACUGGAGACUUUGCAGAUUGCUCGCCCGUUAAAGCCACAACAGUGCAGAAUGGAUGGAUUUCACGAUCAGCAAGUGCCUUACUAUAACUCCAGACUGCAAGAAAAGACAACGAGCUGCGAGAGGCCAGCAAAUGACAGAAAGAGAAAAUUCAUUAAGUCCAACCUGGCUCUGGACACUGAAGAGCUCUUCCAGGACCUCAGUCAGCUGCAGGAGACUUGGCUAGCAGAAGCUCAAGUUCCCGACAAUGAUGAGCAGUUCGUUCCAGAUUUCCAGACUGAAAACUUGGCGUUCCACGGACUGCAGCUGAAGAUCAAGAGGGAGCUGCACAGCCCGUGUUCAGAGCUGAGCUCCAACUGUAGCCAGGAGCGGCCCUUCAAACUCCAGUAUGGAGAGAAGUGCCCGUACAGCAUCAGUGCCUAUGAGCAGAAGCAGCCCACAGGAAUGAAGCCCUCCAGCCCAGUGACACCCCCCUGUAGCACCCCUGUGUCCCCACUUCAUCAUGGCUCACCCACGACGGCCCCAACACCCAAACCAGACAGGACCUACACCCACAUACCGCCCUCGCAGCCUCUCCCUGAUAACGCCUACACUAUGGACCACAGAUUUCGACGUCAGCUCUCAGAGCCUUGCCACUCGUUUCCCUCCCCGCCGACAAUGGCUCGGGACGGCCGGCCCAUCUACCACAGGCAGAUGUCGGAGCCCAACAUCCCUUUCCCUCCUCAAGGCUUCAAACAGGAGUACCCCGACCCCCUCUUCGAACACCCGGCCAUGAUGGGGGCCCCUAUUCCCCACACAUACCCAGCCGGCAUGAUGAUUAAGCAGGAGCCGAGGGACUUCACCUAUGACUCAGCAGAAGUGCCUAGCUGCCAUUCUGUCUACUUACGGCAAGACGGCUAUCUGGCUCACACUAACAGGACUGAAGGUUGUAUGUUUGACAAAGUGGCGAGGCACUUCUACGACGAUACCUGCGUGGUGCCUGAAAAGGUGGAAGGCGACAUCAAACAGGAGUCGGGCUUGUACCGUGAGGGCCCGUCGUACCAGCGCAGAGGCUCGCUGCAGCUCUGGCAGUUCCUGGUGGCUUUACUGGAUGACCCGUCCAACUCCCACUUCAUUGCCUGGACCGGCCGUGGCAUGGAGUUUAAACUCAUUGAGCCAGAAGAGGUGGCACGUCGGUGGGGGAUACAGAAGAACCGGCCAGCAAUGAAUUACGACAAACUCAGCAGAUCAUUGCGCUACUACUACGAGAAGGGAAUCAUGCAGAAGGUGGCCGGCGAGAGAUAUGUCUACAAGUUCGUGUGUGACCCCGAGGCCUUGUUCUCCAUGGCGUUUCCUGACAAUCAGCGGCCGGUGCUGAAAACUGACAUGGAGCGGCAGAUCAACGAGGAGGACACGGUGCCGCUGUCGCACUUUGACGAAAACAUGGCAUACGUACAGGAGGGACCCUACUGCCAGCCGCACCCCUACAGCGAGGGCUACGUUUAUUAACGUCAGCCCUACAAAACCCACACCUCCACCCUACCCUCCUCCCACCUGCCUCCAUCCGUACACAUGAGACUGUCGUGUCCUCUAACUCGCAGCCGCUCGGGGAAUUAGACUGAACACACACAUGCAGCGGCGCUUCCCUUCCCCUCUGUCUCAAACACGUACACGUCCUUUUGCUCUUGUCUUUCUGACCGCACAGCAAGAUGGAGAGUGCACUUUAUGGACCGGAAUGGCACGAUGUUAGCCUGCCGGGGGCUAGCUAUGUGAUUGGCUUUUUACUCAUUUAUGUUUGUACAUUAAUGUGGGAAUCAUUCUGUUUGUUUGGUUGUUUUUUGAAGUCCUUAUGAUUUUGAGCAUGUGCCGCCCUAACGAGACUGGACUAAUUUACGGUCACUUUGAUCUCCUGCUAAAGAAACCGUCUCAUCCACACUCACAAAAGAUGGCCAUUUGUUUGACUGUCUUUCUUUUUGUCUUCAUCCUGUACUGGAAACGUGUUAACGAUACUUUUAUGGUGAAGUGACAUGAUUAUAGACUUGAAAAAGUAAUGUGAUUAUAAAAGAGACAUUUAGCUAUCAGUGAGAACUGCCUCGCCACCGGUCUGAACACCGCACCUCUGUCCGUCAAUGCCCGUCGUCCAAUCAGACUGUAGAUUUCAUCAUGUAGGUGUUGUAAUGACAUAAACUCCACUGGAUCCUCAGCAGCUCAACAACCUUGUGGGUCAGUAAAGAUGAGACUUUCACUUACAAGGACGCACUCCGGGAAAAAAAAAUGUCUGGAUGACAAAAAAAAUACUUUCUCUGCGUCACACGUGAAUGGCCUGUGUUUAGGAUCGAAGACAAAGCUACAGGCUGCUGUAAAAUAAGUCAUUCACUGUAAACAGCAGUGUAAUGCGUCAGAGCAGGAGUCACUCAUUCGUCCUUCAGGUGUUCAGUUUUUCAAUGGAUAACAGGUGAAAAGUGUAUGUACAGUCGAAGUGGUUACAGCAGCCAGUCAGUUCAUAUUCAGGAUAAUGUUUGCAUCCCCAGCUAAAAAACAAAAAACAUCUGAUUUCAUUGGCACAGACAAUAAAAAGGAAAAAAAAAGAUAUAAAAUCGAAUUUCUCCCUUGAAUUGUUUUCGGUUUUGUUCCAGGUGAACGAGAGGUGUAUAUUUUGCUUAAAACCUGUUGCUUUGCCAUUAAUAGGUUGCUUUUUGGUUAAAAAAAAAAAAAAAACAACGUAAAAGAAAUAUUUAGAGUUUUAUAAUGUGAUGAAUAAAAAUCAUGGUAUAUUAAAUUGUUCCAUUGUAUAAUCAGGUAAAUGCACAUUUUGUUGCUGCUUCAAAUUGUAAGUGUAUUUUCUAGUCUCGAGAAAAUGACAACAGGGGGGAAAAAAGAAAAAAAAAACAGUGCAGCAGCUAUGGCCUGCUAUUCUGGAUUUCUCUUUAUUUUUUGUCUCUUUUUUUUCCGUCAAUUUCAGCAUUAAAAAAAUUACUCUGAAUUUUGUUCUCAAGAUUCACGUGUGUGGGAUGGGAUUGGCAAUAGGAAAAAUUCUGUAAUAAAAUAGUUCUGAAAAACAAAGUGAUGAGCACUUCUCAAAUGUUUUAAUUGAUCAUAAUAUAAAGAAAAG